CACGUCGCGCUGUUCUCGCCAUCUUUUAACUGGGGAGUGCAGGAAGGGCCGAAGAUUCGUGUGUUUCUAUCAGUUUUUGUGUGUUGUGUUUGAGCUCCAGCUGUGUCGGUAUCCCUGUUCUCAUCCCUGGAUACCUUUUCACUACCUUUCUCUCUCUGCGGACGGAAUCAUGAAUAUUUUUAGGCUGACUGGGGAUCUGUCGCAUUUAGCUGCUAUCAUCAUCCUACUGCUGAAAAUAUGGAAGAGCAGGUCAUGUGCAGGUAUAUCUGGGAAAAGCCAGUUUCUGUUUGCACUGGUUUUCACAACACGCUACUUGGACCUUCUGACUUCGUUUAUCUCCCUGUACAACACUACGAUGAAGGUUAUCUACGUCGGAUGUUCGUACGCCACGGUGUACCUGAUCUACGCCAAGUUCAAAGCCACCUAUGAUGGCAAUCACGACACUUUUAGGGUGGAGUUCCUGGUCGUUCCUGUGGGUGGCCUCGCUUUUCUCGUCAACCACGACUUUUCUCCUCUGGAGAUCCUCUGGACUUUCUCCAUCUACUUGGAGUCUGUAGCCAGCCUUCCUCAGCUGUUUAUGAUCAGUAAGACUGGGGAAGCUGAGACCAUCACCACACACUAUCUGUUCUUCCUGGGCCUCUAUCGUGCCCUGUAUCUCAUCAACUGGGUGUGGCGCUUCUACUUUGAAGGCUUUUUCGACAUGAUCGCCAUCGUGGCAGGCGUCGUUCAGACCAUCCUUUAUUGUGAUUUCUUCUAUCUCUAUGUAACAAAAGUGCUGAAAGGGAAGAAGCUGAGUUUACCAGCUUAAGGAGUGAUAGAGACACAGAGCUUCAGUGUGGUCUGCAGAAGCGCAGGGGACACAUCACUGACGUCACACUCGUGUAAGACGCCCAGGGGAGUGCAACAUGGAUCUGUUAUUUCCUUCAACCCUCUGAGCAGCUCUGGGACACUUCUAGAUUCAAGCUGUGGUAAUCACACAGCUCCUACUCCAGUAUCCACGUUUUAUUACUUACUCAGAUAAAAGAAAUGAACCGUAUUCUGUCAGAAAGAUCACUUCAAUUGGGUAUAAAGCUGUUUAAAAAAAAAAAAAAAAAAAAAAUCAGAUGUAUGAGUGUAUGACGGUUGAUGGGUUAAUUCUUAUGCAGGGUUUUUGUUUUUGUAAAACAUUUAAAAUUCGAGUGAAUGUACCACAUUUUCUAGAGCGUAAGCCGGGACAUUUCUAGGUGUUGCCCUUUAAUCAGUCCCUCCAGGAGUUUUAACGAGAUUGUUGCAGACAAAACUGCAAUACAAAUUGCACAGGGUUUUUUUUUUCCCCCUGGAGAAACUCUUUAACAGGUGCUACAGUCACUGCACAAGCCUAAUCGCUCUAUGUACAAGGGUUUAAUGUAGAAGUCUUAGUUCAGUAGUUACUGGAAAAUGAAAUCAUCAGUUCAGUCAUCGACGUGCUGAUAAACCAAAAUACUGUCGUCAUGGCGAUCACCAAAUCGGGGAUCCCAGCACGACGAGGUCCGUAGCUCCGUAGAUGGUAAGUGAGGAGCUUUAAUGUUUACAGAACUUUCCAGAAGAAUUAAGCCUUCGGACCUGACACACGGAUUCAGGAUAUGGAAGAAACACUGAACCACUACAACACACACAAACAACCAGACAUUAGAAUGCGAGUGUGUUUGUGAAAUGCAGCUUUAGAGGCAGUGGAAAGAUCCUGUGACGUCAACACGAUUUAGGAUCUAAAUUCGACUGGAAGGGUUUUGUACACCAGAGCGACUUAGUUUCUGGAAAAUAUGGUACAUUUAAUUAUAGAAACUGCCGAGCCGAUUACUCUGUGGUAAAAUGUAUUGAAUUUUGUGUUUUUUUUUUUUUUUUGUUGUUUUGUUUGCUUUUUAACUCAAAAUAGAUUUCUCAUGCUCUGGUCAGCUCUUUUCUUCUUCCCCCCCCCCCUUUUAAAUUUUAUUUAUUUAUUUUAUUUUAUUUUUUUAUUUACAUGAUAAAACAGGCACCUUUUUAAGCAAUUUCUUUCCUAAACUUGUCACUAUUUUCGUAUAAUAAUGUUUGUAUCAUCACGAGCGAGUCGAACUUUCCCACAUGAAUUCUCUUGCAGUAUUGACUCACUGCCUUGUAUUUAUAAUUUAAGUAAAUUAUUUUAUUAAUUGGGCAUUUUAUUUGCUCAAGUAAUGCAUUCUGAUUUCUGUUUGCUUUCCAUCGUGUAAUUACGGAUGAUCUGAGCCUUAUCCCGUCACUCUGAAAGUCUGGUGUAUGAAAAUUGUUCAAUUUAUUAAGAUUGUAUAGAAUGUAACUGCGGAAUUAACAGUUUUUCAUGAAUAGAUAUGACUUUUUACCUGAAUUACCCACAGAGCUGUAAAGCAUGUUAUGUAUAUUGAGUUUUCCUUAUAUAAUAAUCUUAUUUUUAAUUUCUGAAGAAAGGGCAUUCUUGCAAAUUGGGUUUAAAGGGUUUUACUGAGUGGUGUUUACGUCUGUUUCUCUUUUUAAUUUCUGAAAUCAAUAAUUUUUUUAAAUUAAAACCUUCACAUGACUUCUGGCUCAAAUAAAGAUUGUUUGAGAGAU